CUAGAGCGACCGCGGUGGCGCGAGAGGCCAGCUAGGCCUUCACAUCCGGUGACUCGGGGCUGGGACGCCCAGUGAGGCAGGGAGGGCGGUGGGCCGGCUGGGAAUGAAAAUUUGAGCUAUAUAGCUCUAGGAAGAGAAACUAUAGUUGAGAAGAAGAGAAUAGACUUUGUUAAGAGUACAUUUGGCUCUCCACCAUGCGAUUAGGAAAACUUAAGGAAGGUAUUUCUCGGAGCUCAAGCCAAGGAAAGACUUCUGAGAACCAGUGCAAAAUAGGCCGGCAAGGGCACAAAUGGGGAAUGACUGUUCGGUUUGACUCAAGCUUGAGUAGACUACGAAGAAGCUUGGAUGAGAAGCCGUAUAAAUGUACUGAAUGUGAAAAAAGUUUCAGUCAGAGCUCAACUCUCUUUCAGCAUCAGAAGAUCCAUACUGGAAAGAAAUCCCAUAAAUGUGCUGAUUGUGGGAAAAGUUUCUUUCAGAGUUCUAAUCUCAUUCAGCAUCGUCGGAUCCAUACUGGGGAAAAGCCCUAUAAAUGUGAUGAGUGUGGAGAAAGGUUUAAACAGAGCUCAAACCUCAUUCAACACCAGAGAAUUCAUACUGGAGAAAAACCCUAUCAGUGUGAUGAAUGUGGCCGAUGUUUCAGCCAGAGUUCCCACCUUAUUCAGCACCAGAGAACCCAUACAGGGGAGAAGCCCUACCAGUGCAGCGAAUGUGGCAAAUGCUUCAGCCAGAGCUCUCAUCUUAGGCAGCACAUGAAGGUACACAAAGAAAAGAAGCCUGGCAAAACUCCAGGCAAAAAUAGUAGGUCAAAAACUCACCUAGUAUUAUCUUGGAAAGCAGGUACAAGAAAGAAGUCAGUGACUGGUAUUCGCUAAGUAAGAGACAGUGUUUCAGCCCUGUUGAAGAGAAAAAGAAUCUCUCUUCUAGGACUAGAGAUCCUUUCUAAUAGAGCACUUAAAUACUGUAUCCUUUCCUAGCAUGGAAACACUGGGAGUUUGAUGACAUUGGGUGGGGUGGAAAGAAAUUACAUGAGUCAAACUGUCCUCUCAUUUCUUUUAUGUAACCUGGAGUACAAAGAACUGAAAAUAUGUUUUGAGAGUUUAUAAGACCCUUGACCUCACUCGAAAGUGCUCUCUGCAUAAUUUUGACAAAAACAAUCAUGUUUUUAUGACCUGUAAAAAUGUAGGAAUUUCAGUGAGUACUCAGUUUUAAGACUUUCUGUUGGAGGAGUAAUUAAAAGGGAAAAGAAGUUAAUCCCAUUGGUUUUGAAGUUUCAUAAUAGAUGAGGAGAUUUUAUUAUUAUAAAUUUUUGUAAUAUAUUAA